AGCGGCUCAAGCAGAAGACCUCUUCGAGUUCGCUGCGCGCCCCUACCGAUCGAGCGAUGGAUCUGGGGGAUCCCUUGAUGUCGGUGAAGAAAAUGCGGGAAGUCUUUCGGAAGUAUGACACGGAUAAAGACGGCACCAUCAGUCGUCAGAAUUUGGAAGAGAUCUUGAGAAAGUUGGUGCCUGGCAUCUCUCAGCUGGAUUUGGAUCUGGUCUUCCGAAAAAUUGAUAAGAACUUUAACAACAUGGUGGAAUACGAUGAGUUCGUGAACCUCCUGUUCUUUGAUCCAACCGCUCCAGAGCCCAGGACCCCAGCGCAUCACGUCACCCGGGAGGCGUCCUACAUCCUGUACCUCUUCUGGCAGUUGGCCGGCGGCGCCAAGCAGUUCAGCCAGGUGCCGCUGAUCUCACGCAGCGAGCUGCUGAAAUCCCUGCAGCCCAGAGGUCCCGUGAUCCUGGCACUUCGACAGCGAAUUCAUAAACUCGAGGGUGAGAUUGCCGAGAUGACGUCGAAAGCUGAGGACAAGAUGCUCACUAGACUCACAUCCAACGAGGUGUAUCGAAAAUUGCAGGCAAUGAAGGAAGAGGAGAUUUCACAGGAGAUCUUUAUUCCUGUGGUCUUCCCGGGGAUCAAAAGAUUUGAUUUGAAGUUUGUGCUGGGAUGCUUCCGGAGAUUCUGGGCGCAGGAAGGGCUGAGCAACAUCCUGCAUUUGGUGUCUGAGGAAAAGAAGGAUCCGAAGGGAAGACUCAAGGUGGAGAUUCCAGUUGUUGAUCUGAAGAAUGUCUUCGACGUCCUUGAUGAAGAUGAUGAUGGCACCAUCUCCAUCAAAGAAAUGGUUCAACAGGGUGCCUUGGAGGUGAAAGAUGCUUUAUACCUUUCAGAACUCUUGGACAAGGGACAGGACGGUGAGGUGAGCCUGGCAGAGCUCAUGAACUUGGUUGUCGGAACUUCUGGGGAGGUCUCAGAAUCACUGAAAGGCCUCUUUGCGGCGCGUAUGGCUGCAUGAUGCCGUCGAGAUCGCGCAUAUCAAAUCGGGCGUGUCAAACAUAUAAUAUUG